AUGGGGAUGAUCGACUUGCAGGGCAUCUUGCUCGCAGUCAGGUCAGACAUUGACGUGGUUGCAUGUUUCAUUGGUGACACGCGCGCAGAGUUUGUUCGAGCAAAGCCUGAAGCCACCGAAGCCAUGGCCUUGAAGCCAGAACUUGUUCAGCAGUGCACGGAACUUCUCCGCGACGCUGAAGAUGGCGACAGACUUGUCAAGAGUGUCCACGAUGUCCUGGGCCUGCUGGAGCGGCAUGGGCACGUGUACUCCAUUCAACUCAAGCCGGCCAUGGUGGGAGUGAGUCCGUUGAACCGUGACGGAAGCGGUGUCAAUCCCGUGGAUUGUCAUGACCUGCUUGGUGAUAUCCUCUCCGCAGGCUUUGUAGCGUCCCGCGUCACGGCCAUCGCCGUGGAGCCUGGCAGUGCUUCGGAACUUGACUGGAACGUCUCUUUCUUCCGGGAGGCGCAUGGGUUACUGGGGUCCAUCGACCCGACACAGGUCAAGGCCCUGUCCCUGGCCGGAUCCCAUACCAACGCGGUCCUCCGCCUGUUCUCCCAGGAGGUCGAGCACCAAGGUGACGAGACAGUCACCCACCAAGGCCGACUCAACAUGGAGUUGCUCAAAAAGAAAGACCCGGAGUUUUACAGGGCGGUUGAAGACGGCCUGACAUGGAAAGUGCUGGGCAAAGCCGUGUCCAUACAGCUACCGCAGUUGCUCAGCCUCGUGCAGCGAAUGGGGAACACAACUCUCCAGCGCGGCGAGCACGAGCUGCAGCUCAUGCGGCGUGUGCACGCCAUUUGGCUCUCUCUGAGCGCAGGCGGCGCAGGAGGCUCGCACGUGGACUUUUUAGUCGUGAAAAAGCGAGCCCUCACGGGCAAAAGCCUGCAUGCUGCGGCCUUGCCGCACAUUUACACGUUCGCGCUGAAACUCUGCGGAGGAAGCUCCCCCUUCCUCCUGGACGAAACCGAAAGAUUUGUCCGGUUGCACUCCCCCAGCACAAGAUCCCUGGGCGCCGAGUUCUGGCAGAAGGUGUCGGUAGAUGUGAAGGGAGUGCAGCAGUGUCCUCGCUUCCGACACGCUGUUGUGAAGCUGGCAUACUGUAAGGAGUGUGUCGGUCAAGGCGACAUCCGCAGGAUGCUGAGCAAGGACGUUUUGCCCAGCGUUCGCGAGAGCGACAACAUCAUGUGCACAUGGAGAAGGCUGAUUGAGCCCCAUCUUCCCAGUGAUCCGGACCAAAAGAAGGCACUGGACUCCGUUCUCAGCUAUGGCGACAUGAACCUGGCAGCCUUCACAUUGAGUCUCACAAGCGUGGCGGCGGACCUGCAAAAGUACAAGUCUGCAGAGGCACUGGCGCACGACCUCGUACUAGUGAUGAAAGGCCUCCUGGGUGUGGAUCUGGUGUCACCCUGGGAGGCGCACGCUGGCCAGAAGGAUGACAGCCAGGCCAGCCAGGGUGAGAAAUCCUCGCCCUCUGCAGCUGGAAGUGGCAUGAUGAGGGAGCUGCACGAGGACGGAUCCGUCAAGGAGACGUCGCAGCUGAUGGCUGAGAGCGGGUUCCAAGUCGGCAUGCAUGUCAAGCGCAAGGGCGACGGCGAGUGUGGCUGCAUCCAGAAGAUCCUCCAGGGACGUGUGCAUUUGAGCAAGCCGGACGGCACCACAGGCCGGCUGAGCGUCGACAGUUUCCUGCGUGGGGACUGGAAUCAAUACACGCCCAAGGCCCAGCCGGAGCUUCUGGAAGACUUGACCGUGCACAAGCCGCAAAGCUUUCCCGACUUCCAGCACGCAGCCAUGAUGGCCGACAUGAUCCUGGACCUGCGCGACCUGCUGGAGAAGCACCAUGAGCAUGCCUGUCACGGGAAGCUGCACUUGCAGUUGAAGCCUCGCAAAGUCCUGCUGGCGGCUGCGUUCAUCGGCAAGAACAAGCUCACUUUGGUUCCGGCUGGUGUCCAGGUCAAGCACGGGCCCAAGAAGCCAGAAGACGCACUCUUCCAGAUCCAAGCCCCGACGGCCGGAUACUACUUCUGGAUCCAGCCCCUUACGGUCUUUCCCAAGGUCGAGGGCGAAGCCGGCUUCGUGAACCCUGCGUUCUUCGUGCAGCCCCUGGCGGAGGAGGAGGCCGUCAAUAUGGACAUUGUGUACGUCAAGGGCAGCCGCUGCCGGAAUGUGACGUACCCCGUGCUUAGGAACACGAAGGACCUGCAGCAGGGAGAUGUGUUGUAUCUGCAGAAGAACAAGGCCCCGGUGCAGUUGGAGCCCUUGCAGGCGGACUCCCCCCCCAAGAAGCGGCUGAGAAGUAAGGGCGCCCUUGCUUGA